GAUCCCGUCCGCUCCUGAUUUGUCUGCAAUCUUGUUGUAGUCCCCCUGGAUCCAGAUAAUGGAGCUUUUGCUGUGUCUGCUGAUCCUCAGCUCAGUGGCUCUGAAGGAAGCUGUUGGUGGAGAUGUGUGUGUGUCGGGUCAUGACAGUGGGCCAGUGUUUGAAGAACAGCCAAACAGUUCAAUUUACCCAGAGGGCCUGAGUGAAGGCAAAGUGACCCUCAGCUGCCAGGCCAGAGCCAGUCCAGCUGCUUCCUACAGAUGGCUCGUGAAUGGCACUGAUGUCCCGCUCGGUUUGGACCUCCGUUACACCCUGGUGGCUGGCAACCUGGUGAUCAGCAGCCCUGAGUCUGUUCGAGACACGGGCUCAUACCAGUGUCUGGCCAUCAACCGCUGUGGAAUCAUCAUCAGCAGAGCAGCUAACCUCAAAUUUGGCUACCUCCAUGACUUCCCUCCAGACAGCAGGAGUCCUCAGACAGCAUAUGAGGGCAAAGGAACUUUCCUGGCCUGCCAGCCACCUCCACAUUACCCAGCUUUGUCCUACCGCUGGCUCAUCAACGAGUUUCCCAACUUCAUCAAAAAAGACGACGGCCGUAGGUUUGUGUCGCAGGUAACGGGGAACCUGUAUGUGGCUAAAGCAGAGCCAAACGACACAGGGAAAUACUUCUGCUUCACAACCAUCAACCUGGACAUCAGCACCAAGAGCACCUUCAGCACAGCCAACCAGCUCACUGUACUGCCUGAUGCCAAUCCGAGGAAGUCAUCUCCAAGCAUUAAAGUGCGCUUCCCAGCAGAGACGUACGCCCUAGCAGGACACACCACCCAGUUAGAGUGCUUUGCCUAUGGAAACCCAGUUCCCAAACUGCGAUGGAGGAAGGUGGAUGGCCUGAUGCCGUCCAAGUCAGGCUCCUCUGCAGAGGGUCCCACCCUCAUCCUGCCAGAACUCUCCUUUGAUGAUGAGGGUGUUUAUGAGUGUGAAGCCUACAACUCAGAGGGAAGUGAUACAUACCAGGGACGCAUCAUUGUGCAAGCUCAGCCAGAGUGGUUGCAGGUGAUGAGCGACUCAGAGGUGGAGAUCAGUUCAGAGCUGCACUGGAGUUGUAUUGCUGCUGGAAAACCACGACCCUCCGUACGCUGGCUACGCAAUGGACAGCCACUCAGCACACAGGACCGUUUGGAGGUGAAUGGAGCUCGUCUUAAGAUCAGUAACCUGGCCCUGGAGGAUUCUGGAAUGUACCAGUGUGUGGCUGAAAACAAACACGGCACCAUCUACUCCACUGCUGAGCUAAGAGUUCAAGUUCAGGCCCCAGACUUCAGAUUGAAUCCAGUACGAAAGCUGAUCCCAGCAGCCAGAGGGGGGCAGGUGAUGAUAGAGUGUCGCCCUCGAGCUGCCCCGAAGCCCAGCCUGUUCUGGAGCCGUGGGACGGAGCUGCUCACUAACAGCAGCAGAGUCACAGUAACUUCAGAUGGAAUCUUGUGGAUCCACAACAUCAGCAGGGCAGAUGAAGGGAAAUACACCUGUUUCGCUGAAAACUACCUGGGUAAAGCCAACAGCACUGGACACCUGUCUGUCAGAGAUGCCACUAAGAUCACGCUGGCUCCCUCCAAUGCUGACAUCAAUCAGGGGGAGAAUGUGACACUGCAAUGCCAUGCCUCCCACGACCCCACCAUGGACCUAACCUUCACCUGGGCCCUCAAUGGGGUCCUGCUGGACGUGGAGGACUCUGCCGGGCAGUACCACCGGGUGGAGGGGAAGGAAAACAUUGGUGAUCUGUUGCUUGUGAACACUCAGCUGAGUCAAGCAGGGAUAUACACCUGCACAGCUCAGACUGUGGUGGACAGCGCCGCAGCCUCGGCUAAACUAGUGGUUCGGGGCCCCCCAGGACCUCCCGGAGGUUUACUGGUGAAGAACGUCGCUGAGACAUCGGUGGAGCUCAGGUGGAGUCGUGGCUAUGAUAAUCACAGUCCCAUAGGCAAAUAUAUCAUCAUGGGCCGAUCACCACUGUCAUCCCAGUGGAGGAAAAUGAGGACAGACCCAGUGAACAUCGAGGGGAACGCAGAGUCAGCUCGUGUGAUUGGACUGAUGCCCUGGAUGGACUAUGAAUUCCAGGUCAUCGCCAGCAACAUCCUGGGCAGCGGAGAGCCCAGCAUGCCCUCACACACCAUUCGCACACAGCAAGCAGCUCCCACAGUGGCCCCCAGUGGACUUACAGGAGGAGGAGGAGACCGCAAUGAACUCAUUGUUACCUGGACGCCCAUGGCCAGAGAGUACCAGAACGGGGACAGCUUUGGCUACGUCCUGGCAUUUAGGAAGAAGGACACAUCAUCAUGGACAGUGGUGCGCAUUCCUCACGUGGAGUCAUCCCGUUAUGUUUACUACAAUGAAAGCCUGACACCCUACAGUCCCUUUGAGGUGAAGAUUAAAGCCUAUAACCGCAGAGGAGAAGGUCCCUUCAGCCAGAUCGCUGUGGUUCACUCUGCAGAGGAAGAGCCAACAGUGGGACCGUCAAACAUUAAUGCCACAGCACUGACCGCCUUUGAGAUCCAGGUUUCAUGGGAGCCUGUCCAGCAGCAGAGCACCAACGGCAUCCUCAGAGGAUACGAGAUCCGGUACUGGCGGCAGCAUGAAAGGGAAGCAGCGGCAGACCGGGUCAGGACAGCAGGAUUGGAAACAACAGCCAGAGUCUCUGGACUUCGACCCAGCACUCGAUACCACGUUGCUGUACUGGCAUACAACAGCGCUGGCACCGGGCCGCCCUCACCACGCACAACCGUCACCACCAGGAAACCACCUCCUAAUCGUCCUCCUGGCAAUGUGUCAUGGAAGACAGAUGGCUCAUGGGUAAUGGUGCGGUGGGACCAUGUGAAGGCCAUGCACAACGAGUCAGCUGUACUGGGCUACAAAGUCCUUUACAAACAUGAGGGCCAGACAGCACUGAAGGUUCUGGACAAGGUAAAGACGUCAGUGAGCCUGCCGCUGCCAAAAGACAAUGGUUACGUUGUGUUGGAGAUUCGGUCCUGGGGAGAGGGCGGGGAUGGGCCAGCACACGAGAUCAUUGUGUCCCGUGACUCAGGAACUGGUAUGAUGGUACAGAACGAGGCCUCCUCCAGGCUGUGCAGUCACCCUCUGCACCACCUCACUGGCUUGGGUCUCCUCACUCUUGUGUGUUUGUCUGGCCUGUGA